AUGGGGAAGUUGAGACUGUGCGCGUCACGGCCGCUCGGCGCACUUUGUGGGAGCAGCAGGUGCUUUGUGAAGGAGGACCGAUGGCCCGCGCUGACGAUACAACGAACUGACAACUUUUUGCACACGUUUUUACAGGACCGGACACCCAGCUCCUCUCCAGAGGGAGCACCAAACGCCCUGUCCUUCCUGGCCACCACCUGCAGCCAGGCCUGGCAAGUUGGAGGCACCAUGGGCUCAGACAGCACCCAGUUCCCCUACGAGGGCACAGUCAGCUCAACAUCUGGGAUGUUUCAACUCUGGAGCAACGAUAUGACUCCCAGCUCAGCCCUCAGUACACACCAGAUGACCUUCACUGUGCCCAAGAUGCUUCCUGGACACAUACAGUCUGGUCUGGGUCACACCCAUCACCCUCAUCCACACCACCACGAGCUGCCUCUCACCCCUCCGGCUGAACCACCCUCAUCCUACUCUUUUGAACUCUCCCCGGUUAAAGUGUUGUCUUCUCAGCAACAGGCAAAUGGCCCACUAUUACCCCAGCACAACGGUGUGGGCCAAAACUUCUCCAGCUUCCUCCAGAACUCCUCGGGGAGACACCAUCUACCUGGAGGCCACAUGGACGAAAGCCAGCAGUGGUGGAGCUUGCCCCAAACCAACACCGCCCCCUCCAACCAUCCCUUCUCCUUGGGCAGGCAACUGGUUUUGGGCCACCAACCCCAAAUUGCUGCUCUCCUCCAGGGCACCUCCAAGCUGCUGAGCUCCACACGCCGCUGCCGACGCUAAUGCCCCAACUGCCAGGCUAAUGGGGGGGUGGAGUUUGGAAAGAAGAGAUGCACAUCUGCCACAUCCCAGAGUUGUGGCCAAGUUCUACAAGAAGACCUCACACUCAAGGCUCACCUACGCUGGCAUGCCGGGGAGAGGCCCUUCAUCUGCAACUGGCUCUUCUGUGGUAAAAGCUUUACACCAGACGAGCUACAGCGGCACCUCCGCACGCACCACUGGAGAGAAGCGUUUGGGUGCCAGCAGUGCGGGAAGAGGUUCAUGAGGAGUGACCAUCUCUCCAAACACGUCAAGACCCACCAGACAAGGAAGAGCCGGUCUGCACAGCCUUCACAGCACGGAGCAGCGGACCCUCUGCUCGCCACGAUCAAAAGAGAUGUGACGCAGGCCGUGAUAGCCAAGGACAGACUGAUGCAGGUCGGCAAAAUUGAGUCGCCACAUGCUGCAGAGGCCACUGGAGAGGAAUUCCCUGUGAAUGGGACCCCUGUUGCUGAGACUCCCCUCAGUGGUGACAGGAACUCCCUUUGA